GCAAAAACGAAUACCCGUAGUGAAGUGUCGGACCAGACGGCGCAGCAGUGUCGGAGAAGGCGGGGAGCGGAGAGCAGGGCAGAAGGAGAUCGGUGGCGUGCAGAACAGUGUUGGUCGGUGGACGAGGAAUCAAGAUGAGCUCCUCAGAGCGGAUUCCGUUUCCAUUCAAGAUCAUCCCUCUAGAAGAUGAAGAUCAGAAAAAGAUUGCCAAAGAUUUUGUCGGCAAUCCUACAGGUCUCGCAUCUUGCAACCACUGGGGCUUCAAGCUGUCAGCGACAGUAACUGAACAGGAGCUAGAAGACCUUUACAACCAUCCUCUGGACCCACGUGACGUGUGGGUGGUGACGCCUCCCAAGUGUGGAACUACGUGGACCCAGGAGAUGGUCUGGCUGAUCGCCAACGAUCUCGACUACGAGGGCGCCAAGACACCCAUCAUGCCAGACAGAUAUUCAUUCAUAGAUUUCGCUGCGCUGAGCGACAAAGAGUUUGAGGCAAAGUUUGCUGCUGCUGCUGCAAAAGAAGGCGAGCCCCCUCGGAGCGGGCCGAUGGAUAUGGCUAGCCUUGCCAACCGACCCUCACCGCGGUUCGUCAAGUCGCACCUGCCGUUUUCUCUCAACAACCCGCGCCUGCUGGACACCUGCAAGGUGGUCUACGUGGCCAGGAAUCCUAAAGAUGCCUGCGUCUCAUUCUUCCAUCACAUGAGGCUGAUUCGUCUGCACGACUUCCUCGGGGAUCUGGAGCUCUUCAUGGACUACUUCAUCAAAGGCCAGGUGGUGGAGGCUCCCUUCAUCGAACACAUGAUCGAGGCGUGGAACCUGCGUCACCACCCCAACCUCUGCUUCCUCUUCUACGAGGACAUGAAGAAGGACCUGAGGGCGCAGAUCCGUAAGGUAUCCAAGUUUUUGGGGAAGGACUACUCUGAAGAACAGGUGGACAAGCUGGCGGAGCACCUCCACAUCGACAACUUCAAGAAGAACCCGUGGGUGAAUGCUGAUCACAUGAAGGACGGCAAAAUCAUGCACACAGACCGAGGAAGCUUCAUCAGGAAAGGCAAGACGGGUGACUGGAAGAACCACUUCACCCCUGAGAUGAAUGAGAAGUUCGACAAGUGGAUGGCGGAGAAGAUGAAAGGAACCGAUCUUACCUUCGUCCAGGAGCUGGAGAAGCAAGACUAGACACUCAAAGCUACAAAACUGUGAGUCUAGGGAAGGAGCGGACAGAUGAGCUUUAUGUACAAUUUGAACAGCUUGUUAGUGAAGAUGAUUAUCGCAAUUUCUCUGAUGAAUAUGGUUGGUAGCUACAAUGUUGAAGGAGGACAUGUCUCGCCGCUAAAGAAAUGCAGGCAGGGCAAAGAUGCUGUGCUUUCCAUGACGAUCGGGCGUUGCGAUAACUCGUCGCAAGUACCGCCACCGUUUCUUGAGUCGAAAAAAAACAGCGUAUUAAUCGUGCACAACUCAUGUACUUUUCAGUGUGCACUUGAGAUGUGAUAUUGUCGCUACUUUUGCAAUUGCGUGUGGUUAUGGAUUCCGUAGAAGCAAAUGUUUAUGCAUGAACAAUGAUAUCUGAUGAAAGAUAAAACUCAAAAAUGAUUGAUACACCCUCAAAUAUAAUAUGCAGCGCUUGCAAUCGUAAUCAAA